AGAUCAGUGUCCGUCCUGUGAUUGGACAGAUCAGUGUCCGUCCUGUGAUUGGUGGCUUCCUGGACAGCAGGAAGUGGUGAACAGAGUUUAAAAGCUGCUGCAGGACUGCAGACAUUCACAGGAAGCUGGACCAGCAAUGGCUCUGCUGAAGGUUCUGCUGCUGCUGGGGCUGGGUGUUUCAGUGAACUCAGGUGUUUCUCUGCAGAAGAGAAUCAUUAGAGGUCAUGACUGUGAUGACAAGGAGCAUCUUCAUCAUGUUCGGCUGACUGGCACCAACGGUACUGCCACGAUCCUGUGUGGCGGAUCUCUGAUCUGCCCAGAGUGGAUCCUGACUGCAGCUCACUGCUGGGAGUUGGAGGCAGGGUGGACCUUUACUGCAAUGUUAGGAGUUCAUCCGUGGACGGCUAAACAGGAGGAUCAGAUAAUCCAACACAGUCCAGUGAUUUAUGUUAAAGACGGUCAGCUGCAUGACAUCAUGUUGCUGAAGCUUCAGAGGCCAGUAAGAAAUAUCCCACCUGCUCUGCUACCACCAUGCAGCAACCGUCUUAAAGAUGGUGAUACAGUUCAGCUGGCAGGAGAGGGAGCAACGACAACCGGCCCCAGUAAUGAGCGAUGUGAGAGAAAUAUUGAAGUUAUGAGAAUAAAAUCUUGAUUUCUGUCUCUACAGAGAAGGUCGAG